GCGAUGUUUGUUUAAAGUUGUGCAACUACGAACGAAGUUCAAGCUCGAUCCUCAAAGAUGUCUCGCACUUUUCUUGUUCUCCUGUUCGCCGCCAUUGCCUACAUUGGCGUGAGCGAAGUUGCUGCGUGUGGCGUUAAUGAAGAGUUCAAGAUCUGCAAAAGUCUGUGCGAACAGAAAUGCGGCGGACCACAUGUCUACUGCAUUCAGGAGUGUAGAGGAUCUGGUUGUCAAUGUAAAGUAGGAUUCCUACGAAAUGACAAAGGAAAAUGUGUCUCUCGCGACCAGUGUUAAUUAAGGAAACUUCGUCCUGUUGGAUACUUCAGGAAAUUUAUGGGUGAAGGUAACUGCAAUGUUAUGAUCGGCAAUAAAUGAUAUCGUGAUUAUUACA